AUGAAGGGAAUAUCUUGCCGAGGCAAUCAUAUUUGUUUUGGCAGAUAUGCUCUUCAGGCACUUGAACCUGCUUGGAUCACAGCUAGACAAAUAGAAGCAGGGCGAAGAGCAAUGACACGAUAUGCACGUCGUGGUGGAAAGAUAUGGGUACGUAUCUUUCCCGACAAACCUGUUACUGUAAGACCUACAGAAACACCGGAUAACAGUGGAGCUCAAGAAUUGAUGUGUAUUCGAAUCAUAGGAACCGGUAAUCACCGAUAUGCUCAUAUUGGCGAUGUUAUUGUUGCUGUAAUCAAAGAAGCAGUGCCCAACAUGCCUCUAGAAAGAUCAGAAAUAAUUAGAGCUGUGAUUGUACGCACGUGUAAAGAACUCAAACGUGACAACGGCAUGAUAAUACGAUAUGAUGACAAUGCAGCGGUUAUCAUUGAUCAAGAGGGAAAUCCAAAAGGAACUCGAAUUUUUGGUGCGAUUGCUCGGGAAUUGCGACAGUUGAAUUUUACUAAAAUAGUUUCAUUAGCGCCCGAAGUCUUAUAG